UGGUAAAAAUAAAUGCAAUUGAAGUAAAAAAAAUAUUAUAAUUUCAAAAUGAAAUCUGUUGUUAACACAAUACUAUUUGAUAUAUCAAAAAACGAGAUAUUCAAAAUAAAUGAGAAUUAUAAACUACUUCAUAGAAAAUUGAAAACUACGUGGAAAGUUAUGAUUAAUCGGGAUGAACUCUCCCCAAACAUCCUUCAAGACGUCAAGAUCCUAGUAGUAGCUGGUCCUCAGAACGUGUUCACAGAUGAGGAGCUGUCCUGCUUGAAGAGUGUGGUGGACAGGGGAGAUUCGGUACUAGUCGCUAUGACUGACGGCGGCGAGGAACGGAUGAAUACGAAUAUAAACUUUUUUUUAGAGGAAUAUGGUAUUGUUGUUAAUAAUGAUUGCGUGGUACGUGCUAAAUACCACAAGUUCUACCACCCGAAGGAAUGCCACAUAUCCAAUGGUAUCUUGAACCGCGCCGUCAUGAAGCAUAUUAUGAAAAUGCCAAAUUACUCCAGUGAAUCUGAUGAUUACCUUGAGGACCCGGCGACGCCUAACUUUGUGUAUCCGUACGGCGCCACUUUGACCGUUAAGAAACCAGCGGCAGCCAUUUUAUCCAGUAGUGACGUAUGCUACCCGGUCAAGAGGCCGGUAGCAGCCAUGCAUACCUCUGAGAAAAGUGGAGGCAAAUUAUUUGUAAUUGGUUCCGGACAUUUCUUUGCCGACCAGUACCUGGAGUGUGAGUGCAACGACCUCAUCCGUGAGAUGAUAUUCAAUCAUUUGGGCGGAGUAACGGACUUACAUCUGAAUCCUAUCGAUGUGGAAGAUCCUGAUACCAAUGAAUACCGAACACUUGGUGACAUGAUGUGGCUCAGCAGCGUGCCACUGCCAGAGCCAGCGACCGCCCCUCCACCUCGGCUGGUGCCAUUACACCCCCACGCGCUAUUCACUUGGAAGUUGUUCUCUCUGAACCUCGCUCAGUUACCAGAAGUACUAGGACUGUAUGAUGCACUCGGAGUUAAACAUGAACCACUCAGAUUAAUUGCUCCGCAAUUUGAAACACCUUUCCCACCACUACAGCUCGCAGUGUUUCCACCCACUUUUCGGGAACCACCGCCACCUCCAUUGGAAUUAUUUGACCUGGAUGAAGCGUUCAGUUCUGAACGUUCCCAACUCGCUAGACUUGCAAACAAGUGCCUUCAACCAGAAACAUCCAGGAUGGGAGGAGGAGAUGGACGUCAGCUGGAAAAUGAAUUGGAAUAUUUUGUGAGGGAGUGUGGACGCGUGGUACGUCUGUCACGUGCAUCACCCCCUGAGGAUGCGCCCGCUGGGAAGAUCAUAUUGCAUCAAUUGGCCGUUCAACUCGCAACAUAUAAGAAAAUAGCUCCCCGGGAUUAAUUAAUAGAAUUAGCAGAUAUACAAACAGAAUACGUACAAAUGCCACGGGUUACAAUAGUCCUUAAAAUAGUCGACGAAAAUAAAAGACUGAGACUUCACUGAAAUAUGUCUGUUCAUCAUAAUAUACAUAGUAAUAUUAACUUUUAGUAAUUUAUAU